AUGUCGGAUGGUAGACAGCGACUUUCAGGUGCAGAAUAUAGGAAAAGAAAACGUGAAAAAGAAGCUGUAAUUAAAAAACAGUCUAAUUCUAUCAAAAAAUUUUUAACGGGUUCUUCCUCUUCAUUAAAUAUUUCAAAUGCUGUAGUUGUACAACCUAGUGAAGUUGUUGACUCUUUCUCAGUUAUAGAUGCCACUGUACCUUCUGAAACUACAGUAGCCAAAAGUUCAACAGAAAAUGUUAUCAGUACAGACCCUGCGGAAUGGCCUUUAAUUAUUAAUAACGACUUUAAAACAUUGUUGGUUGAAAAAGGCCCUCCUGCUCCGUUAAAUGCAUAUUUUGUAUUUCCUUCAGAUGAUCAAGGACGAAAAUUCACACAAUUUCAUUACAAACGAAGUAUGAGUAAUGGAGAAAAUGUCACAAGAACAUGGCUUGUAUACUCUAUUUCCAAUGACGUAAUAUUUUGUUUUUGCUGUAAACUAUUUGAUAAUUCAAACUCUAAGUUGGCUUUAGAAGGGUAUAAUGACUGGAGGCAUUGUACACAAAUGUUAAAAGGACAUGAAACAUCAAAAAAUCAUUUGACCGCAUAUAGUACAUGGUUAGAAUUGUCAUUGAGGUUAAAAAAAACAAAAACAAUUGAUGACGUAAACCAACGUAUUUUAGAAUCUGAGUGUAGGCAUUGGAAUGAAGUUUUACAACGUAUCAUGUCGGUAGUACAAUUUCUCGGUCAUCAAAAUUUAGCUUUUCGUGGAUCAUCUGAUCAGUUAUUCAAACAUAAUAAUGGAAAUUUUUUAAAAUUAAUUGAACUUAUGGCUAAGUAUGAUUCUGUGAUGGCUGAACAUGUAAGAAGAAUAAUUAAUAGUAAAAAAAAUAUAAGCCAUUAUUUAGGAAAAGAUAUUCAAAAUGAGAUGAUUAAUUUAUUAGCUCAGUCUAUUAAGUCUCGCAUAGUUACUAUGGUUAGCGAAGCGAAGUAUUAUAGUAUUAUACUAGAUUGUACUCCUGAUAUAAGUCACUCGGAGCUCAUGACUAUUAUUAUUCGUUUUGUGUCAAUUGAAGAUUCAAAAGUUACCAUACGUGAACAUUUUCUUGGUUUUAUUUCAGUUGAAAAUAGUACUGGAGAAUGUAAAUAA